UAUUGGGGGUUCCAAUAAUUGGGAGCCCAACCAAUUUGGGAACCCAACAAGGUUGGGAACCCAACCCCCAACUUGGGUGUAUACACCCUAGUGGGGUGCUUAUAAGUUCCUAAGACAAUGAAACGAUGUAGGCUAAUAGAAUGAAGGGAGAAUAGUCUAACACAACCCCUUAGCCUACAGAGUGCCAUAAGUCUUGGGAAGGGGAGGAGAAGCAACCCCUGAAUCAGGUUGGCUGAAGAGUCAAUCUUGCGCACGGUGAGGUGUCCAGCCUGGACGAGCUCACGAACGAAGUAGUGUCGGAGCUCGAUGUGUUUGGAGCGACCAUGGAAAACGGCUUCCUUUGUGAGGUGGAUAGUACUGGCAUUGUCGCACCAGAUGGUGGGACAGGGCUGGGGAGCAUCCAGCUCAGCGAGGAGGAAGCUGAGCCACCGCGCCUCCUGGGCCGCCAUGCUGCGACGAUCGGGCUGAGAAUCUGCCCAAGAGGAGUCGCUGUAGCCAGUGAGCUGAGGAGGGGUGGGGCCGCCCAAGGUGAGGACAUAGUCCUUGGUGCCUUUGAUGUAGCGGAGAACGCGCUUGGCCGCUUGCCAGUGCUCGGGAGUGUGUUUGCCAGCGCCGACAAAGCGCGCCAGGACACUGAUAGGGUAGGCGAGGUCGGGGCGAGUGCACAUCAUGGCGUACAUCAGGGACCCGACCAGCUCAGCGUAAGGACUGGUGGAGGAACCGUGGGUGGUUGUCGGCGAGAGCUGGUGGCCGACUUGGAGGGGUGUGGAGACGGGUUUGGCCGUGGCCAUCUCGAAGCGUUCAAGGACCUUCUCGAGGUCUGCUUCGUUGUCAGCGGCAAGAAGCAUGUCGUCGACGUAGACGAGGAUGUAGAAGGGGGAGGGGGAGGUGCGCAGGAAGAGACAAGAGGAAGCCUGGGAAGGGCGAAAACCAAGAGCACGGAGAGUGCUCGAGAGCUUGGCAUGCCAUUCCCGAGGAGCUUGCUUGAGGCCGUAGACCGGGCGGCGAAGUUCCCAAACGGUGUUGGGAGGGAAAGGGAGGUGCCAGCCCUCGGGACGCUCCAUGAAGAUGCGCUCAUGGAGUUCACCUUGGAGAAAUGCCGUGGUGACAUCCAUCGAGUGCAGGAUCAUGCCGCGCCGGCCGACGAAGAGCUUGACCCGAAAUACCCAUUUGCCUUUGACCACGUUGUGGUUGAGAGGGCGGGGUACGUCGAUGAAGGUGCCGUUGCGGACAAAGGCCUCGUUCUCUUUGAGGACUGCCUUGCCCCAAUGAGGGUGGUCGGGGCAUGUCAUAGCUUCGUGAUAAUCUCCCGGCUCGAAGAGAAUGGGCGCACCGGAGAAGACCAGUACCGGAGCGCCGGUCAUGCUGAAGGCGACUGCUUGGGUGUUGGAGAAGAGGUGGAGGCGAAGAAAUUCACCAUGGGAGGCGGUGGCGAAGGACAAGGGGAGAAGACACCUGGGGUGGAGGAGGAGGUGGGGGAGGUGGGGGAGGAGGGGGGGAAGGAGGUGGAGGGGGGGGAGGUGGGGAGAAGGGGGAGGAUGGAGCGGAAGCGGAGAAGAGAGAUGGUGAUUGAGGAAUUCACCGCCGCCAUCGGAAUGGAAGCGGCGAACGGGACGACCGAAUGGGUGGCGUGGCCGGGGUAGAUUGUUGUGACCCCGGCCCGUUGAAGUGCACCUUGGGAGACGAGGUUAGUGCGAAGGGAGGGGACAUGGAAGCCAGUUACU